UUUGCUUAUCUGAUCCCAACAAAACCGAGUUUCGCUGAUCUUCCAUCAAGUCUUAUGGAAAUAAUAAUGUCUCGUCUUGUGUUAAAAGAUAACAUUUGUGCAUCUGCUGCUUGCAAGUCAUGGCUUGAUGCUGGAGUCUUUGUUCGUGUAGUGGAAAAGCAUCCUUGGCUUUUUUACAUGUCUAGACGUGGACAUUCACUUAAACUCGUCGAUCCAUUCCAAUGGAAGUCGUACACGCUAGAACUGCCAGAGAUAGCUAAAUCAACUGUGUGUUACUCAAGAGAAGGCUGGUUACUUAUGCAUAGAUCCAACUCAAAGGACAUCUUCUUCUUCAACCCUUUUUCUCGGGAGCUAAUAAGUUUGCCUAAGUUUGCGUUUCCUUUUAAUGAGAUUGCAUUCUCUUAUCCUCCUACAUCGGAUAACUGUGUUGUGGUAGCUUUAAACUUUAACGUGCAGCAUCGUGUCACUACUAUCAGCACUUGCCAUCCUGGAGCAACUGAGUGGAUUGCUAGUGUCUUCCCUGCUAACUAUCAACAGUUUUCUAUGAAGACCAAGAUUGUCUAUCACAAUGAUCGAUUUUAUUGCUUUAACGUGGGAAUAGAGAGGUUGUUUUCCUUUCACCCAUCUUCCCGUACGUGGAGGUCGUAUCCUCAUGCAAAUUUAGAUCCUACUCUGACACAAGAUUGGUACAAGAAAAAACAUUUUUUGGCAGAGACGAAAGGAGAGCUGUUUCUCAUGUUAACAAGCUUAAAUGAGGAGCCAAUGGUCUAUAAACUAGUCUCUUGGAGCUGGAAAAAGAUGAGUCCUAGUGAGCUUGAUGGCUUGACAUUCUUUGUCAGUUUUUAUAACUCUGAGUUAGGAACAAAUCUCCCAUGGGUGAGGAACAACGUAUGUUUCUCAAGGUUUGGUUACAAUCGCAGGCAUGUAUCCUACUCGUCUGACCAAAGCAGGUACAAUCCGUCUAUUGAAUGGAACAACGAGUUAGAACUUUGUCCUCCUCAGAGCCUCUGGAUCAAUCCGCCCAAUAACGUUUUAGACUAUUUGUGAGAGCUUGCGUGUAAGAUUUAUUAGUUUUUUGUUUCAAUUUCUAAGUAAUUGUAGGCCUGGGAGAUUCCUAAUGUAAGAAUGCUUUUAGAUAUUAAACUUGUUUCAUCUUAAACAGACGAGGUUUGUGGACAAAUUGGCUAUGGAGAUAGCAUAUUCUCCUCAAUUAUUGGCUUGAGUUUCUAAUAAUUUGAAAAUAACCAAUUUUUUACUUUUAUUGUUUCAGUUUUUUAAGAAAUACACUUAAGAACCUUGCAAUGUGGGUGCUUUUAGACGGGGUAUUUCGUCUUCCAUUUGUUGUAACAAUUUCUUUAGAAAUUUUGAAGCUUUUUAUUUUCAUUUUUAACAGUAUUCACAUUUCUUAAAUCAAAAAAGCAUAAGAAGAUCUACUUAUGUAUUUUAUCAAAAAAAAAAAAAUCUACAAAAAGAUCUACUUAUGAAAGAGAAAAAAAAGGAAAAAUGUAAGCUGUAUAGAUAAAAAGAAUCAAUGGUGAAUUAACAAGUACAAAGAUUGACUUUUGAACGAUAUAUUCGUGUAUAUAUAUUUUUGGAGAUAUAUACGAAAACUAAUCCUAGGAGUUUAGAUUAGGUAUUACCAUACACGACAACCGUUGCCCCGUCAGGCACCACCGCCGUCUCUGUUCAUGACGUCACAUUUGCCUUCUCCGACCAUCAUCCCACGUAGAUCGGUGGCAGAGCCGUGCUCAUCUUAUCAAUUUUAGGUCAUUGGUCCUAGACCUCUUCUCACAUUAGUACAUUUUGGUGCUUCCAUACUCAUAAAUUAUAUAAUCAAUAUAUAAUAAUAUAAUAAAAACUAUAAAUAUUUCUUAAUAUUUUUUAAUAAUAUGACAAUUUCUACUUAGUUAUUGUGAAUAUUAAUUUUAUUGUAUAUUUUUUAUUUUGAAUGUCGAAAAUAUUUUUUUGCAUAUAGUUUGAAUUUGUAUAUACAAUUUUUAGUUGUAACCAAAAUAUAACUUUUGCCAUUAAUUUUCAUAAGAUUAAUUUUUUUUAAAAAUAAUUUUAAAAUAUAAGAUAAAAAAAUAAUUUAUUUUCUGGUUCAUAUUUAAAAAAAUUAAUACGUAUAUUUGAUAUAAAAUAAAUUAUUUUUGCCCUAAAUUCCUAAUAUGCUUCGCACGGCACUGAUGGGUGGGUUAAUUCAUGAACUUUUUGCAAGUUAUAAUUGAUAUUAAGUUGAACUGGAUUUGGAAAAGUAUGACAAAGUUUUUAUAUAUCUUCUAAUCUCUGACCUCCGGUCGGCCAAAGCUAAUGAGUUUUCUUUUUCACGUUUGUUCACUUUGGUCCGUGAGCUUUUAUCUUUCUAGAAGACUGGUGUGUUAAUCUCUUGGAGGUUCAAAAAAAUUGUUUACUGACCUGUAAUUAUCACAUAUAUUUUAUUUUUCUACCUUCACUUACAUGAUAUUUCCAGAUGCGUAAUGAUAAGUGUUUUUUAAUGAUAUAUUUAUUUUUUAAAAAAUUCUAUGAUAACCCUAAAAAGUUUUUUCUUUAAUAUCAAAAUAAUCAAAACAGAUUUUAUUAAAUAGUAAAUAUACACUGAUAUCUCUAAUGCUAAAAAAAAAAGAUUUUUAAAAGUAAAUAAAUACUAAAAGUAAAAAAUAAAUUUUAAAAGUAGUUUCUAUAAAAAAUUGGAUUACAAAAUAAAUUAUUUUGAUAAAAAUUGAAUAUUAUUCGAAAACUAUAAAGAAAAUUAUUAUUUUUUAUUAUUAUUAUUUCUUUAGCUAAUACGUAUUUUUAAAUAUCUAUAAACAAAGUGUACAAUGGUUUUGUACUUCUUUAAUAAAACUCUUUUUGAUCAUUUAUCUUUUUUUAGUAUAUUUUGGUGAAAAAAUAUAUUUUAAAAUUAUUUAAGAGAACUGUCUUUAUAAAUCAAUUAUUUUAAACAGGCUACUAUAUAUGAGCCACAACAAAACCCUAGAAAAUCUUCAGCGAUCACCCCACCACAGUCGACCACCAUUUCCCGUCAAAUACCACCGCGAUCUCUGGCCAUGGCGUCACCUUCUACGUCUACGUCUUCAACCACCAUCACCCGUAAAAGGUUCGUCACUCUCAACGAGUUCUACAGACUAUAAUAUUCAGAUGUUGAGCAGGACUUGUGGUCCAGUGGCAGUGGACGGGUCUUAGAUGCAAACACAUUCCAGGUUUGAUCCUAUUUCUGAGGAAACUAAGUCACAUUGUUCUGUUCACUACGGGUUGCAGAUAUGUCCAUAUGAAAACCCGGGAGAGAACCUGUCGUAGGCUGCACCUCUCACCUGAGGGUUAGGUCUGUGUCUUUAUAGACUCGGGUUUAACCUUUUAAGAAAAAAAAAUUCAGAUGUUGUGUAUUUAACAAGUUUGACUGACUUUUUCAUCUUUCUUGGGAAAAUUGUUUUGAAUGUAUUUAUUGAUUUUUUGUUUACUUUCAACUUCUCUAUGAUAUUAAUAUAUUUUGAAACAUAUUUGAUAAAGUCUCAAACAAACUUUGUAGACAAAUUUGAUGACGUCUCACACUUUUGCUUGAUUAGAAGUUCAUUUGUUGUUCUGUAGAUUCAAAACUCAGAGCGAAGAGGCAUUGAAACCGAGUUUCUCUGACCUUCCAUCAAGUCUUUUGGAAGUAAUAAUGUCUCGUCUUGUGUUAAAAGACAACAUCAUUGCAUCAGCUUCUUGCAAAUCAUGGUGUGAAGCUGCAAUAUCCGUUCGGGUAGUGGAAAAGCAUCCUUGGCUUCUGAGCUUCUCUAAACGUAGCAGUUUAUUUGAGCUCCACGACCCGGUACAGUCGAAGUCGUACACUUUGAAUCCGCCAGAGCUAGCUGAGUCAACUGUGCGCUACUCAUCACACAGCUGGUUACUUAUGCACGCAUCUACCACAAAGGACUUGUUUUUCUUCAACCCGUUUACUCGGGAGCUCAUAAGCUUGCCUAAGUCUACGCUACCAUUCCAGGCAAUCGCAUUCUCUUCUCCUCCUACAUCUGAUAAUUGUGUUGUGGUAGCCUUAAACUUUAUGUUGCGGCAUCAUUAUGUCACUAUCAGCACUUGCCAUCCUGGAGCAACUGAGUGGAUUACCGAGGCCUUCCCUGCUGCUUUACUAUAUUAUAUGAAGAGCAAGCUUGUCUAUCUCAAUGAUCGAUUCUAUUGUUUUACCUUUGGUGGAGACUCCUUGUACUCCUUUCACCCAUCUUCCAGGACAUGGGUUUGUCAUGAGGAUGUAUAUCACUAUCAUCAACUGCAAGGUGGGUGGGAGAGGAGAGAAGCUUUCUUGGCAGAGAAGAAAGGAGAGCUCUUUCUCGUGUUUACUUGUGGCAAGGAGAAGCCAGUGGUGUUUAAACAAGGCUAUUUGCGAUGGGAGAAGAUGUCUAGUACUGAGCCUGAUGGCUUCACAAUCUUCUUCAGUUCUUAUCACUCUCAGAUGAGGACUAAUCUUCCAUGGAUGAGGAACAAUCUCUGCUCCUUAAGGUUUGGUAACAAACGCAUGCGUUGUCUCUCCUACUCUUUUGAUAAAAGCAGGUACAAUCCACAUAAGGGAAGUCUGAGCUGGCUAGAACUUGUUCCUCGUCCCAAGUGCCUCUGGAUCGAUCCGCCGGAUAAUGUUUUAGACUAUUUGGGUUGAUUAGUUUUAUUUCUUCAAAUAGAAAAAAGUAGUCAUCCAAUACUGUUUUGUUUCAUCCAAUAUUGUUGUUGUUUUUUUGUCUGCUUUUGUGAAAGUCUUUUUUUUUUUCCUUACUUUUUUCUUUUACUUGAUAAAGAGCUGGGCUAGCCAUAGCAAGUUUGGCUCAUUUUACACUAUUUGUUCACCCACACAAAGUUUAAAGGAACUUUUAACAUUAUUAUGAAGGUUUGGGGGUUCCAAUAACAAAAACAGUCUUCUGGAACAGAGAAUUUAUUUUGACAUGGUGAGCAUGUAAAUCUUUGAGGUUAAAUAUAAGGCUGUGAAAGCUAAAACAAGCUUCAUAAGGAAUGAACUGGGCAUAAGGAAAGAACAAAACCUAUCAUGAACACCAAACCAGCUCUACUUUGGUUACUGAAGGAAAAAGCAGACGAGAGAAGAAGUGGUCAUGCUCCUCCAUACAACGCAGUUCAACUAAUCACGCUUCAGAAUUGAUUAUGUAGUCUUGGAUCCAAGGAAGCAAUGUGUCCCUACGUAAACAGCUGUGUAAUAUUAUUCUAGGGUUUCUAAUCAUUAUAUAGAAUUUUAUUGUAACACCGAAAUGGAAACUAAUGAAAAGCUAUGAAAUAUUAACUUCGGCUUCAUUAUCUUCAAGCUUUUAAGCUUUCUCUGCUUUACUCCUUUUUGGGAAGUUUGUGUGCACAGGUGAACCAUCUCUUCUAGAGAGCGCAAUUCUGAAAAAGAACAAGCUGAAGGAAGAUCGUUAUUUAAGUUCUCUAGUAUGUCCAAGGCAAACCAUUGUGUACGACAUAUAUUCAGGUCUCUAGUAUUUUCACUUCAGGUAGUGCUUGGUGUGAUGAUCAACUUUAAGACUUACUAUCUACAUUUGGAAGUUCAGUUCUCUACUUAUGAUAAAAUCUGAAUAUGUUUACAUCAUUUUGCAAUGCCUAGGUCCUCGAUAAGACGGGCACGCCUCCAUAUUCUUAAAGCGCCAGUACGAGCUUCCUAUGACAUUAGAUAAAUACCAAAUAGAACACAAUGAGACUACAACAGAAAAGGGCUUGACCUAUAUCUUCUAAUCUAGAAUUAAAAAAAAAUUCAUCAUCAUCAUCAUCAUACAA